UAAACGCGCAUGCGCACAAGCGAACGACUGGAGGCGAAAGGCAACGGGAUCAAGCGAUCUCUCCGUCCACGACGACAGGAAUCUAUUACGUUUCAGCUGUAUCAGCAGGCGCAGAGAGGAGGAGCAUUUCACCUAUAUUACAAGACCAUACAGUCAGAAUGGAGGUUAUGAACAGAACAGUGCAUUUGAUGGAUACACGGCCAUAUCGCGAUGUCCCGGACUGUGUCGACGAUGAAUUCGAGGCCACAGCCACACACAUGGAGUAUAUGAAGUGCGAGGAGCACAGGCUGGCGUCGUUCAAUAACUGGCCUGCGAACAUGUCACAACAACCUAGGGAUCUCGCCCGCGCAGGUUUGUUUUACACUCACAUUGACGACCGUGUUCAGUGUCCUUUUUGUUACGGUGUACUGAAAAAAUGGUUGCCAAGCGACACACCAUUAACUGAACAUUCUAAACAUUUUCCUCAGUGUCGAUUUAUUCGUGGUUUUGAUGUUGGUAAUGUUCCUAUAAAGUCAUUAGACGUGUCGCCAUUGAAUCGCUUAUCCCAUGUUAAUUCUACAGUUCAUAGACCUUCGCAUUCUACGCGUUUUAAUAUCAUGCCACCUCAUAAUACAUAUAUCGUCUCUAGGAGUGGAAAUAACACGGGGAGUGGAUAUAAUACUGGGAGUGGAUAUAAUACUGGGAGUGGCUGUGAAAGUACAGAAGCUGUGUAUAAUGUAAGCCCUAAUAGAAUCCCAGCUAAUGCAGACCUAACAAAGGAAGAUCAAAGACUGGCAACGUAUACAGGCUGGCAGCAGGGCUGGCACCAGACUCCGGAGCAGCUAGCCAGAGCUGGGCUGUAUUUCUUCCCGAGCGACGAGAAGCCAGACAGGGUGAAGUGUGCCUACUGUCAUGGGAAGUUAUACAAUUGGCAACCUGGGGAUGAUCCGUGGAUGGAGCAUGCGAAAUGUUUCCCCACCUGCCAAUACAUCAAGCUGUGUCUUGGAGCAGACACUAUCAGAGAUCUGCAGAUUCCAGGCAAUGGUGCCAUUGCAAGUAGAAAUGUUGCAGGACGGGUACAGGUGUCCACAACUUCUACAGUCACAUCACCAACAAACCCGACGGUCUCAUCAACCGUACCAUCUACACCACGCACUGUGGACACGACCUCCAGGAACCCAGAGACACUAUCAAACCUUCAGGGAUACCUUCGUAGCGAACACGUGCAAGCUGUAUUGGAGAUGGGGUUUGGGGAGGAUCUUGUCACACAGACUGUGGAACAGUGUUUAAGAGAACGACCUGGAGACUUCCCUCAUGCAGCUGAACUUGCCUCUAUGGUAAUGGUUCUGGAAGACACACAAGCAGCAGCUGUCACUGCUCCAGCUCCGACCCCUCUUCAGAAACUGAUGGCAGCUGGGAAUUGUCAGACACAUACCAACCCGAUUCCAAAGACAGGGGUGGUUCCUUCCUUACCGGAAACAUGCAGGGCGUCAGCUGGUGCUGCCCAAAGACAUGGCAAUACACCGAAACUGAACCCAUCUAAUCAGGCAUCUGGACAGACAUGGACGCGUUACAGAGACCCUGCCCAUAAUCCAGAGAUAAUCCGAGAGGAGAACACCCGACUUAAAGACCAAUAUCUUUGCAAGGUCUGUUUUGAGAAUCAGGUCCGAGUGACCUUCACGCCCUGUGGACACCUGGCUUGUUGUGGACCCUGCUCCAUGGCGAUGUCUGAGUGUCCUAUCUGUAGAACACCGAUAUCUGGAUGUGUGCGUACGUUCUUCUAAACGUCUUUCUUCUACAAAGUCAGGCUGGUCUGUGACCCUCAUCAUCACACCACAGAUCACACGCUGACAAAUUACAGAGAGGGAUCGAAAGUAACGACGACGUAUGUAAUGUUAGAAAAUAACGAAGGAUGAUGAAGAAGAGAUAAAGAGGUACAAGUUGAAGAAAUGGCAUAUCCAGAGCAUCGGAAUAGAAAAUGACGUACAGACCAGAACAAACAACGGGCUCACCAUUAAAAAUACUCCGUGCGAAGAACAGGAAAUAAAGGGGACAGAAAGGUGACCUAAAAGUGCCAUAAGAUAAGUGUAGUUUCAGAGAGGGCAGAUAGCAAAGCAACAGCGUCAUAAGAAGUGAGUCAAAAUCAGAACAGACAGCGUGGCCAAGCAGUCUUUCCAGAAAGAAGGUCUGUCACCGAACGAAAGUCUGUCACCGAAACACAGUUUCACAAACAACACAGGCAGACCUUGACCUUAUCACAGGAGGUAGCAGGUAUAUGAAACAUGUUGUCAUGAAAACGUGACAAGGAAGAUAGAUUUAAAACUGGGCGAUCACAAGACGGGGAUUUAUCGUGACAGCCGCCAUUAUGUAACUCACGUGUGUGUUACUCACUUGGUUUAUAGUUCACAUGAUAUUAAGUCAUAAAUCCCGACAUGUGUGCAAUAUUCAACUUUCCCACUGAACUAGUCACAUGUUUUCAAGCUAUCACUAUGUAUAGUCACAACUGAUAUUUUUAUCUAACUCACAAAUUUACGACACUGUUGAUUAGUGGAUUCAGCUUCUGUUUUCUCGUUAUCUGUAAGUCAUCCGUGUCUUCAUGCCUCCUGCUUCCUUAAACAACUUGUAGCGCCUUUGAGCAGUUGUACUGGAUAUCGGCGCUAUACAAAUGUAUGUAUGUAUGUAUGUAUGUAUGUUAGUGGGUAGGUUAUCGGUGUUCGGAUGUAAGGCUACGUGAGCUGUGUGGGCUUUUUACACCCACGAGUUUGAUGUUACUGACACUAGAGAGACAAACUGGUUAUAAGCCAGGAUUUUUAUAAAGGGAUACAUUUUCUGCCGUCAGCGUAUCUGUAUUGUUUAUCACUGUUUUAGUAAGUUUCAUCAGUAUUGUUGAUGAUUCAAUGUCAGUGUGGAAAUGUCAGUGGGCAAGCAUAUAAUGUCUUCAGCAACUGAUCGUAUUUGGUACACUUAUCAUACUGAGAUUAUAAUGUAGGACUAAAUCACGUUCCGAAAAGGUAAAUAUACUAUCUAUUCGACAGUUUUGUACAGUAAUGUGAUUUGUGUUACGGAACGUAUACCUGUUGGCGAUGUACAGUUAUACAAGUACACAGUCACUUCGGAACAACAAGAAUGCAUAGAGGUUUGACCCUAACCAUAAAAUAUGCCAUAAACCCUUACUUAGAGGUUAUACACAUGUAAAAUCUCCCUGCUUCAUUAUUCCGCCGUGUAUACUGCCUUUGAGUAUGUCCCAUUUGUGAUAUAUAACACAAUUCAUGUAUGCAAAGAGAGUUGACAAGUUGUGGAUACGUGAGCUCAAUCCUUUCCUGUGUGAAAAAUGUUUUCAAUUUCUUACGAAUAUUAAAAUCUUAUAAUUCUA